CAUUCAAACCCCCAACAUUCCUGUUCUACUCCAAAUUCUCAGUGGAGCUCAAGAACCGUCUCAGCUGCUCCCAAAUGGGAGUAUAAUCGUUCUAGAAGCUAAUAAAGUGGUGGAGUUGACCAUGUCAAUAAUAACCAGUCCAGGUGGACCCCAUCCCAUACACCUUCAUGGGCACUCCUUCGAUGUCGUACAGAGCGCAGGUUUCAGUACCUUCAAUUAUGUGAACCCAGUUCGCCGCGAUGUGGUAAACGGUGGCUUCCCUGGUGAACAAAUGGUGAUACGAUGGACGACCGAUAAUUCUGGUCCGUGGUUCUUGCAUUGCCACGUCGACUGGCACCUUGAUGCCGGUUUUGCCGUGGUAAUGGCAGAAAGUCCCUCAGACACUGCUGCCCAUGUGGACCCCGUACCACAGGACUGGGAUGAGUUGUGUCCGAUCUUCUACUCUUUGACACCUUCACAGUUGGGGGCUGCGGGUAACCUUUCCCGUCAAGAAGCAGCUAGUAUUACAACUCUCCUCUACCCAGCAACACCCCUCCCCUAAAUAUAGUAGACGACAUCGUAAUCAUUUUCGCUUCUUGGGGGACAUUAUGUUUGCAGGAUGAACUGCAUGCAGCCAGUGUAUUUUCGUAUUUCAGUGUUGCUAUAAUUAAUUUCUGCGCCUUUAUAACUGGGCGCGGUCACCGGCGUUGAAUAUUGAAUGACCCAUGAUUCAAUUAAUGUUAGAACCCUAAUAGCGCCACAUGUGUGUGGCGACGACUGCCCUCAUGGCAUUGUCCUUCUGCCUAUGAAAGAUAGC